GUUUGUGUAGACAGUCGAAUUACAGGACUUACAGGGUAGAAAGACCAAACAGAAAGAUUGAAUACGCCUUCAACACGUACUAAUGGCCACUGCAGGUGCAGUCAGCACCAUUUCUGAUGAUGAACGACGAUGGGUGAUCGUUGGUAUAUGUCUAAACAAAGUUCUCACUCCAUUAUUGAGAGAUGUUCUUGGAAAUGAAAUACCAAUGUGGUACCAAAGCCUACUCCCACCUCCUCACGAGAUCGAUAAACAGAUAUUCGGAAGACAUAAGAAGAAUUUGGCACCUUCAACAUUGAAAUUAAAUUAUGAAAGCAUCAACAACAAUCAUACAAACCACAAGUCGUUUGUUAGUAAAUAUGAUUAUGCUGUAAAAGAUGCAGUAUCUCUAGCGAAGUUGUUUGUAAAACCAUUCAUGGCUAACUUUAGUGGUUUUGAUGACACUAUGGAUACGUCUGCAGCUUUGUCACUCGUCGCUGAGGCUCAACCUUUUCACGCUUCUGGGGCUGGGGGUACGGCGAAAAAAAUAAGAUCAGAUGUCAGAAAUGAGUGGGCACAUUGUGAUUUUGCACACUGGACAGACGUCGUUUACCAAGCAGCUCUAAAAGAUAUGGAGACAUUAAUAAAUCAACUCAACCUCACACAUGAAGAGCAAAAGAAAACGCUUGACGACCUGAAUGGAUGGAAAAAGAAAGGUUUAGACCUGUGUUUUGGUCAGCCUGUUGAUUCUGAACUCCUAAAAGUUGUGAAAACAGAAGUUGCUGAACUACGUGACUCUAUGAAAGAUUGGAAAAGGGAUGCAGAGUUUGAGCAGAGUAAACUUUCAAAUGCGCUGGAGGGUAUAGAGAAAUCGUUCACGCAGGUAAUCCACAAGUUGAAAAAAGAUGUUGAGCAAUUGAAAGUAGGACAGCUCGUAUUGUACGACAGUUUCUCACGAAAACACGAAGAGCCGCCAUGUCUUUUCAUGGCACCUAAGCAAAGUGUGUGGUUUAGUGGUCGAGAAUCUGAACUGACUUCUCUUCGAGACAUAUUAGACAACGAAAGCGGAAGUAUCGACGAAAAAGUAACCGUGAUAGCUAUAUCUGGCCUGGGAGGUAGCGGAAAAACAAGCCUUGCAGGAGAGUAUAUAUAUAAAUGGAGGGACUAUUACAAAGGAGGGGUGUUUUGGAUUUCCGGACAAGAUGAUGUCAAGUUAAAAGCAUCAUUUGAUGACAUAGCAGCGCAGUUCAACACCCUGGACAGCGACUCCGUUGAUGCUACAUUGUCCAAAACCUUGGCAGUGUUUUCGCGAAUUUCAAGAUCUUGGCUGAUGAUCAUUGAUGAUAUGGAUGGGCCUAGUCUUUCACAAAACUUACUCAAGCUGAUAUCUGGAUCUUGGCAAGCAAACAUCAAUGGGUUUGGCCAUAUCAUCAUAACAACACGGAGAACACCGCGAGAGUUAAAUGAAGAUAUUUCAGGUUUUAAAGAAUCAAGGUGUCUCCAACUCGAUAGUUUUGGGUGCGACGAAGCGAAGAAUUUUGUGUUCAAAAGGACUGGGAUUAGUCGCGAUGAGCAAGCAGACAACACCGCAGAUCUUCUAUAUCAAAAUCUUGGUGGUUUACCAUUGGCUUUAGAGCAAGCUUGUGCUUAUAUCGUUUCACUUAGGUGCACCUUGCCUGACUAUUUAGAAGCCUACGAGAAGCAAUCUCUGCAUCUUCUCAGCAAGAAAACGGCAAGCACUCCUUUUGGAACAUCGCCAGAACGAUUAGCUGUCCAUACGACAUGGAUUCUUAACUUUGAACAUAUUCGAAAGGAUGUAAACGGGAUUUUCGCCAUCCGUUUUUUGAACGCUUCUGCGUUUUUUGAUCGCAACGAAAUUCAAAAAGACCUCAUUAACGUUGGCGAACCUCGUGUUGACGACAAAGCAUAUUGUGAUCACGUGAGCUCUUCUUUAGGGCCACUUGAAGUCCUAAAACUCUUGACUGACUUUUCUUUCUUUAAGAAAACUCACGACUCUUCACUCACUGUUCAUCGCUUAGUCCAAGAGGUCAUUCGAGAAAGUUUGACUUUGGACGCUAAAGUUGAGAGCAUUGUUGACGCAGCCCGAGUGCUGCGUUUUGCCUUCUUAAAGUGCCCAUCUCCAGACAGCAUAUCAGAAAGCGUAUUAACUGAAAAAGGCGAUCGGUCUUCGCUUCAUUCAAUUGAUUCUUCCUGUUUCUAUAAGUGGCAUAAGUUGUGUUUACAUGCGUACGAAAUUAAAAGUAAUCUCGAACUUCUUCUAAAAGACGUCUCGAAUGUUAGAGGGAAAACGGUUUUUCUCCCAGAGGUAGCGAGAGCUGUUUACGAAUGUGCCUUGCAUUUGAAUGUGAAUAACUCAAGUAGUCAGGCAAAAGCUGCUGGCGAUUUUGCUAAUCGGAUUCUUGACUGGAAUCGCAAUGAGAUCAGGAAGCAGGAUUUGAAAGUAGUAUUUCCACAUAGGUUCCCCCUGUUAGAGCCUCUUCGCAGACGCAUACAAUAUUCUUGUAAGGCACCCUCUGAGAAAGACGACCUCAGUAUUCCAAACACCUCAGCUAACGAUUUCACGAAUUCUGAAAUUGAAACCCUACGUUUAAAAGGUAAUUAUUUAUUCAAGAAAAGCAAUUUCGAAGAGGCUAUAAAGCUAUACUCUUCAUGUAUUGACAAAAGCAAAGAAAUAAAUUCCUUCGACCCUAGGUUAUUUAGUAAUCGUGCUUCUGCCUAUCUUAGAUUAGAGCAAUAUGAAAAUGCCCUAAGCGAUGCGGAGGAAUACAUUAAGCAUUCUCCUGAUUGUUGGAAAGGUCACGCUAGACAAGCCUUGGCUCUCUUCGGGUUGGGUCAAAAGUGGGAUGCAAUGUGUGCAGCAGCUGUAGCGUUUUAUCAUGAUCGCAACAUAUUCGACGAAUAUAAGCCAUUUAAAAUUUCAUUUCCUAAAUUGAAAGAAUCCAUUCAUAUUUGUAAUGAGGCCUCGGCAUUAGCUUCUGCGUGUUUUCACUUGCCACGUGGGGGUUAUUCGGGCAUGCCUGAGAAAAUUAUUGUUCUCGAGUCUGGAGAGUAUUCUCUUUCUUUAAAAUUGCAUUUAGAUAAUAUCAUUCUUGUUGGCGUUGGAGGUGAUGUUCAAAUAUCAUUUCUGGAUAGAUUUGGGUUGUCUAAUUCUGGUAACUUUAUGGCCGUUAACAUUUCCUUUAUAUUUAAAUAUGGAAGCUGGGUAACUAAACCCAACUCGUUAGUUAGGGUUUGUAAUUGCUCUAUUACUAGUGAAAACGAUCAUUGUGCUUUUGUGUCAUCAGGUGAUCUUUUUGUCAAAAAAUCUUGCUUUUCUAAUUGCCAAAAUGACGCUUUGCGUGUUAUUCAUGGAAGAGCCCGGAUUGUGGAUUCUGUAUUCUCAGCAAAUAAUUCUGAUGGAUUGAAGGUUAACGGUGAAAAGGGAAGUACGUAUACGACGCUUGAGAGCUGCAAACUUUACGGAAACGAAAUUGGUGUGAAUGUUGAUUUUGGUACGUGUGAUGUCAAUGGAUGUCAAAUGUAUGACAACAAGAAAUUCGGUGUGGCUGUGGGGAAAGGCGGGAAACUAACGCUAACGCGAAAUGAAAUAUUCCACAAUGAUCGGGAUGGAGUUUACCUUGAAAAAUCAUCAGCAAAGAUUGAGGAAAAUGAAAUCUUUCAGAACGGUUGGUUUGGAAUUUCAAUUAUAGCGCGAAACGACGAGUCAUCGUAUGUUGUUUCUGACAAUAAAAUCAGCCGAAACAAAUGUGGUGGCAUUCAUGCUACACCUACAUCAAAGUUACAACCGCCGUCGGUUAUCAAAUCUAAUUGGAUAUCUGGUAACGAAGGGCCAGGCAUUGACCAAACGAAGUCAUAUCCUGAUUCAAUAAAUAGUCCACCGUCCACGCUCCCAAAUGACGAAAACUUGCAAGAAGCAAAAUGUGCCGAUAACAUACUUAAAAACAAUAUUGAAGAUGGAGAACCACCACCCUUACAGGUUCUUCCUCACGUUUGUUCGUUCUGUCAUAAAAAUGAUAAAUUGAAGAAAUGUACGAGAUGCUAUAUUUCUGGAUACUGCAAUCCAAAAUGCCAGAGAGGUGAUUGGGAGCAUCAUAAGAAAAAUUGCGCUAAAGUUUUAGAUAAAUACACCGUUUUAGUGAAAGUCCUCCCAUUGUCAAUCUGUUUAAUCGGGGACAAGAGAGUUUUGCCGGAUUUCAGUGAAAUGAAAGCUCCAUACGAUUGGCUGGAACCAAGUGGUCCAGAAUACGAAAGGGCACCGGAGUUUGGUAAACGUUUCAUUGUUAAAGUGCAAGCCUGCGAUAGUUGGAGGAAAUCGAAUGAAGGAGGUACUAUGCUCGCAAUGGAAGAUCGUAGCCAAACCAUUAACGGAGAUCUUGAUAUGAACGACGAACAAUGCCUUCGAAUUUACAAUCUUGUAAGAGAAUGCGGUUCAAACUGUAACAGUUAUGGAUGGAAGAAAAAGUUUCUUUGGGCUUUGCUUGCGAAGGAAAAUAAAGUUCGUGUAUUUACCAGUGAUUUUCCACCUUACCAGUUUUGGUAGCAAUUGUAAAAGUUUUAACUUUUACUCAUUUACAU